GUCAGAAAUCGGAGUGAAGAGAACUUUGGCAGUCCACCAACAAUGUAGAGAAACUUUAACCAUUUUCACGAGCAGGUUUGCGUGUAUAAACUCGUGUAACAGUCGAUUUAGUCAUGUUGGAUUAGAUACAAACGGAUAUUCUUUAAAAAGCUCGUGCGCUCGGGAUGUCGUCUCGCGGCGGUCUGCAGCCUCUCCGAGCUACAGUCCCCUUUCAACUGCACAACAACAACAACAACACCACGAAAAACCCAACACAGAGAUGGAGAGAGGCCAAAUCAGUUGAAACCAAGACAAAGGCUCGUCCCCCAAAGCCGACGCUGAGACGGACGCUUUCCCUGGACACGUUAGUGGGACCUUACCUGCAGGGCCAGUGGCCCAAACAGCCCGAGAGCCAGAGUGUAACCUGCGUCAAUGACAAAGCCACACAGACCCCCAGUUCGUGGACAGAGGAAACGCGGGGGAGAAGAGGUGGGGUGGGGCACAAGCGCUCGGCAUCAUGGGGCAGUGCCGAGCACCUCAGAGAGGUCGCUAAGCUGAGGCACUCAUUACAGAAGCGCUCCAGACAUGCGCCUCCCUCCACUGGCUACGAGCGUCUUCAUCAGCCCUCACCUACUAUCCAUACACACAUGCCUGGAGCCACACAGACCAUCCCUCUGUUGCCUCUAAGUAGACUGGCUCCCAGACUGAGGCGCAGUGUAGAGGGGCUUAACCUGGAGCUGGAGGGGGUCUUUGUGUCUGAAACAGCAGAACAACAGCUUAAGAUUUUGGAUGUACCAGAUGGUCACAGAGCCCCGGUUCCAGUGCAGAGGUGCAGUAGUGGCUCUCAGAGUGACCUUUCCCCUGGUCUCCUCACCCCCUCACAGUCACCCUGCCCUGAAUCUGGUAUGGUAGUGUGUGGGCCACUGGAUCCCUCUCCUUCUCCUCCUCUAUAUGUGAUUGACGCACCGUCCUCAUCCCCCCUCCCCAACAAGACCUACGCUUUCCAGAGAGAGCCUCCAGAAGGCUGUGAGAGAGUGCGUGUGUGUGAGGAAGCCUUUUCUCCAUGCCACGGUGAUCCCCCUGCUCAGCCUUCCUGCCCCGACCCAAACAAAGUGAACUUUACUCCUCACGGGGGCUCAGCCUUCUGCCCUGUUAGUCUUCUGAAGCCUCUUCUCCCUUCAAUGGACUUGCUGUUUCGUGGCCUGUCAGUCUCACCUGUGACUGGCUGCACGGGACAAAACCCCUGUAUGACAACCGCAAAUCCAGGGAGCGAAUACCUGCCCCUCCCCGACUCUACCCCCUCCUCCAUUUAAAAUCAUGGAAGAUUUGAGAUUGCAAAAAAGGAGGAAGUAGUAACCAAAAGAUCAGAAGAUUGGUCUGUUUUGUACGAUCUCAUCAUAGAACUGACCAAGUAAUGGCUUACCAGUAGAGGUAGCAAGCACUAAGUGUUUACUCUGUUAGACUACAGGAAAGACAACCUCUCACCAAAAGACAGUAAAAUAAGAGCUCUGUCACACUCAGGACAAACCUUCAUAUUUCAUUCGUAAACAAACUCUUGAACCAUAAGGGAAACUACCAAAUGUGCAUGCAAUGCUGAAUAUUCUCUGCUCUACUGUUUCUCAGUUUAAAUAAUGGCUUUUUCCCUUCAUCUGCUUGUCCAAUAAGGUUUAGUGGAUUUUGAACAUGCACCUACAGAGCAUACAGAGACUCCUAGUGAUGUCAGCGUUAAUUCAAAUGAAAGCCAUUACACGUAUCAUAAUGCCUUUUUCAAUAUAGAAGUCCAUUUUGCUCCACUUGGCCCUUUUGUACUCGACUUUGGAGUAGACAACUGACAAGAUCCCCACAAUGGGUUCAUUUAUUUUAGUCCUUUAUAUUUGUUUUACACAACACAGCUGACAAUCCUAUUAUUAUUAUUCAAAGUCACCCCUGAGCUUUUCAGCUUCACAGUUUCACUUAGCAAACUGUCAACAUCAGCCUGUAUGGUUGACCAGUUAGGUUUACGUUUACUAAAUGAUGUGAAAAUGUUUUGAUUGAGUAUUCACGUGGAUUAAUGAGCGUUUUUCAUACAAGGACAUAUUUGAUAUUAACCAGAAAGAGCAGAUGUACAUGGAUUUGAAUGAAAAGCUUUCUACGUAGUGUUAACCUGAGAAAACAAAAUGCUUUCAGUUCAAAUUUGAAAGUAGAAAAAGGCACUGAUACCCUUUUUUUAACUGUAUUUUUGAUAUGUAGAAAGAAUAUUUUUGUUGGUUUGUCUAUUUUCCAGUUAUGAAAAACUCUUUCUCUUGUACAUUUAUCAAGGUAAAUAUCUACAUUAGAAUGUAGCAAGUACAAGUGUGUUUGUAUUAUAGCACUAAACGUUCAGUGGAAAUUCAGUAUUGUGUUCAUUACGUGAAUGAGUGUGUGUGAGCGAGAGUAUGUGUGAGCGAGUGUGAGUUCACACAAAGUAGCAGUGCAAACGUCUUUGCACAUUUUAGACCUUUGUUUUGUUUUAUAUCAAAGUAGUGCCUUUUUUUUUUUUUUUUUUUUUUACUUAGAACUUGUCAUCAUCCCAGAUCUCAGGGUAGUUUUGUUUGGAUUUGGUUCCGUUCUGAAUUUCAGGUCAGACGAUGUGCUGUGUGAAGUCACAUGUAAAUGAAUGGUUAUCAGGGUGUUUUCUUCAUAAAGGGUCUUUUGCAUCUUUAUUUUUUGUUCUCUAAAAAAGGUGCUUUGUUAAGUUGCAUCUUAGGUUUACAUAAUUUCUCUUUAUUUGUUAUUGUUUGUGACAUGCAGUAAAUCAACAAUGUCUUUUCUUCCCAGAUUGGACUGCGGCAAAAAAAAAAUGUUUGCUUGUACUAUUUUCAAUUUAUGCCAUUUUUUUUGGAUGACAUAAAAGAGUCAAAUGACGCAAAA